AUGUUAUGGGACCGCCUUCACCACCGACGACUACUACGCCUUUACCCAGAACUGGCCCCGGUUGGUGAUCUCUUCUCCCUGAUCAUACCACAUGUGGGAAUUGAACAAGAUGCAGUAAAGCGGUGUGCUGUGCAAAUGUCUGAUGCCCUUGAAUUCAUAUCAGAGAGAGGACUGGUACAUUUGGACAUCAAGCCAGAAAAUAUUUUAGUUUUUGACUGGGAGUGCCAUUGUAUCAAACUGACGGACUUUGGCCUUACUAAAGUCAAAGGGACUGUAACUAGAAAGUGUGGCACCACCUCUUUCAUGGCUCCAGAGAUGUGUAAAGCAGCCAUGUCAGAUGGGUUAGCUGUGGACAGUAGCCUUGAUGUAUGGGCGUUUGGUGUCGUCAUCUUCUCCCUACUUACAGGAGAGAUGCCAUGGCAGGAGGCCAUCCUUGAUGAUGCAGAUUAUAAAAGUUUUGUAAACUGGCAGAACAAUUUCCAGAUGGAAAAGCCUCCUGAUUCAUGGAGAAGAAUUCCCAUUAAGCUAAGAAGGAUGUUUGGUGAUCUUCUGGCCAUUGACCACACAGAAAGAUGUCACACUACAGAAGUCAUAAAAUAUAUCGAUGUAAGCUGGAAAAGAAGAAAAUCCACAUUCAGCUACAAGGAAAGAAGAUGA